GUGUUGGUGAACGAGUUAAUCCUGGACAAGUUAUCGUAAACAGGCAUACACCAACAAAUUUAAACACCAAUAUUCCAGUAAAUAUGCCUAUCGCCAAUGCACCAGUGAUUCAGUUCACUUGGAAACAUGCACCUUUGACUUAUAAAUCACCGGAAACUGGUUAUAUUGAUAAGACACGUAUACCAGAAUUAGGAGAUAAAUUCUCAUCUCGUCAUGGUCAAAAGGGGGUUUGUGGUAUUAUUGUGCCACAGGAAGAUAUGCCAUUUACCGAUACCGGCAUUUGUCCGGAUAUAAUUAUGAAUCCUCAUGGUUUCCCCUCACGUAUGACAGUAG